AUGCAGACUGCUUCUGCAAACAUUUGUGAAAUAAUGGGUUGCUGUCAGGAGCUCAGUGCAUUCAAGUGUGGUAUCGUGAUAGGUUGCCACCUGUGCAAUAAGUCCAUCCAUAAAAUUUUCUUGCUACCAAAUAUUCCACGGUCAACUGUUAGUGGUAUUAUAACAAAGUGGAAGCAACUGGGAACAACAGCAACUCAGCCACAAAGUGGUAGGCCACGUAAAAUGACAGAGCGGGGUCAGUUCUUGCUGAAGAGUUACAGUGUGCAGAAGUCACCAACUGUCAGCAGAGUCAAUAGCUAAAGACCUCCAAACUUUGUGUGGUCUUCAAAUUAGCACAACAGUGUAUAGAGAGCUUCAUGGAAUGGGUUUUCAUUGCCGAGUAGCUGCAUCCAAGCCUUACAUCACCAAGUGCAAUGCAAAGCAUCGGAUGCAGUGGUGGAAAGCUCACUGA